CUUCUUUCAAAAUGUCUACCGUUCAUGAAAUUCUGUGCAAGCUCAGCUUGGAGGGUGAUCACUCUACACCCCCAAGUGCACAUGGGUCUGUCAAAGCAUAAACCAACUUUGAUGCUGAAUGGGAUGCUCUGAACAUUGAAACGGCCAUCAAGACCAAAGGUGUGGAUGAGGUCACCAUUGUCAACAUCUUGACCAACUGCAGCAACGAACAUAGACAGGAUAUUGCCUUUGCCUACCAGAGAAGGACCAAAGAGGAACUUGCAUCCUCAAUGAAGUCUGCCUCAUCUGGCCACCUGGAGGUGGUGAUUUUGGGCCUGUUGAAAACACCUGCUCAGUAUGAUGCUUUGGAGCUGAAAGCCUCCAUGAAGGGUCUGGGGACAGAUGAGGACUCCCUCAUUCAGAUCAUGUGCUCAAGGACCAACCAGGAGCUGCAGGAAAUCAACAAAGUCUACAAGGAGAUGUACAAGACCGACCUGGAGAAGGACAUUAUUUCCGACACAUCUGGUGACUUCUGCAAACUGACGUUUGUCCUUGCAAAGGGUAGACCAGCAGAGGAUGGCUCUGUCAUUGAUUAUGAACUGAUUGACCAAGAUGCCUGGGAUCUCUACGAUGCUGGAGUGAAGAGGAAAGGAACUGAUGUCCCCAAGUGGAUCAGCCUCAUGACUGAGCAGAGUGUGUGUCACCUCCAGAAAGUAUUUGAAAGGUACAAGAGCUAUAGCCCUUAUGAUAUGUUGGAGAGCAUCAAGAAGGAGGUCAAAGGUGACCUGGAAAACGCUUUCCUGAACCUGGCCCAGUGUAUUCAGAACAAGCCUCUGUAUUUUGCUGAUUGGCUGUACGACUCCAUGAAGGGCAAGGGGACUCGUGACCAGGUCCUGAUUAGGAUCAUGGUCUCCCGCAGUGAGGUGGACAUGUUGAAAAUUAGGUCUGAAUUCAAGAGAAAGUAUGGCAAGUCCCUGUACUACUACAUCCAGCAAGACACCAAGGGUGACUACCAGAAAGCGUUGCUGUACCUGUGUGGCGGAGACAACUGAAGUCCAAG